AUGAGAUGGAACUCUGUCUUUGAGCGACAAGAUGUUGAUGAAUUAUUGUCCCCUGGUACAGAGGUGAAAGUGACCGGCUAUGAUAUGUUGAUGAUGAUUAAGCAAAGUCUGGGAACGCUCAAAGAGCAGACACAUGAGAAGUACGACUUAACCGACAAGGAUUUGGAAAGCGUCAUUGGUGAAACGAAUGCUGUUGGGGAAUGGUUGCCGUUGAAGAGUGACAAAGAAAACAAGGUACCGGCUGCUCUGCGUCUGAAUCCAGAUGAGGUUGAUCGACGAGAUACAGACUUAAACGAUUAUCGCGUGUACGAAGGUCAUCAUUACCGUGUUUCUGCGAAGGAUGAAGCUGCAUUCAAGGAGCUGCGUCUGUUGAAACUUGCAGGAACAAAACGUAAUGGGAAACGUCGCAAUUUUAGAAGUUAUUCGGACGAGAUGGUUGGAAGUGAAGGUGGUAUGGUGAGGGGAAAGGAAAAUAAAAGCGCAUAUGACGAGAAGCGGAAAUUAGCUGCACAGGCCAAGAAGGAUGCUCUUUGGACGGCAAAUGGUGAGUGCCCAAAAAAGACGUCAAUCCAUCAAAGGUCAUCAAAUGCAAUCAAAGACAUCCUUGUGAAAUCAUCUCGAACAGAGUCCGAUGGAUCUGUCGUCUAUGGCAAGGUAGCAACCGCAAAAGAUAUCCAUUCAGACGUCCCCGAACUGAUAGAUUUGACCACCUGCGAUGAUCCUUGUAGUGCGGCCGCUAUCAACUCGAUAGGAAUGGUUCUCCCUCAUGUAAAUCCUAGUAUUGUCGUCUUGGGAGAGACGAAAUCUGGUCGAAAUAUAAACAAGAAUAAGAAACUUGCGGGGUCUAACCGUGAUUUUUCUAAAUCUAAGGAUUCAUGUAGAAUAAAGGUUGCAUCCUCUUCGAAAAAUGAAGUAAGGGUGGAUCCGGAAAUAAUAACACUAGAUUAG